UUUAAUUAAGCAAAAAAAAAAAAAAAAAGGAAUUUAUAGACUUGUAUAUCUUUAAAAAUUAUAUCUUUAAAAUCCAGGACUCAAACAAUGUCAUCAGGACCCAAUUUCUUUCUCUGCCUCUCCACUCCACUUCUUCUGUGGUUCCAUAUUCAGACAGUCCUUCCCCUCACAAUCCAGGCUGCAGUCUUCCAGAUUUCUGUCCUGCAGAAAGAGAGCACUUUCCUCCAUCCAACAAGAGAACAAGUCCUGGGCUUGGCUCCCAUUGGUCCAAAUUGGGUCACAUGGCUACCCCAAGCCAAUCACUAUGUCCAGAUGGAUGGCAGCGCUGAUUUGUUUAGGCCUAAAUCACGUGCACACCCGAAGGCUGGAACGGAGUCAACUCCCCCAGAACCUCUUAACUGACAGUAGAUAAAGUGAAGGAGGGAAGCAAAAACUGGGGGCUGUUAUUGGAGGCAGGGUAGUGAAUGCCAAGAAACUAUUGGUCUUUAUUUUUCUCAUUUUCCUGAAAACUUCCUCCCCAGACCAGUAGGGGUCCUCAGCAAGCAUGCAGGGACCAAAUGCCUGAAAGUGCAGGCUCUUCACUUUCCCAGGCUUUGACUUGAAUUUAGUCUUCACCUCUCCACCCAAGUGUGACCAGAUCCCUCUUGUGGAGGGGGAGUAAGUGGAGAAGCUGGUCAAUCCCAUGGAGCCCAACGUCAAGCUCCAGGCAGGGGUGAGGUCAAUCCAUAAGUAGCCUUCAGACACUCUUCAGGUGCUGGAAUUUUAGGGGAGGGGCAAGAUUAUAAAUAGGAGUGGGGAGGUGUAUUAGUUUCCUAUUGCCGCUGUUAACAAAUUACCACAAACUCAGUGGCUUAAAACAACACACAUUUAUUCUUUUACAGCUCUGGAGUCAAAAGCCCAGAAUGGGUCUCAUUGGCUAAAAUCAAGGUGUUGGUAGGGCUACAUCCCUUUCUGCAGGCUCUAGGGGAGCAUCCAUUUUCUUGAUUCUAGAGACUCUCCACAUCCUUUGCUCAUGGUGCCCUUCCAUCUUCAAAGACAGCAAUGGUCCGUCAAACCUUGACUCUUCUGCCUUCUCUUCCAAAUUUAAGUCCCUUGUGGUUAUACUGUCCCUGAUGGUGCAGUGGUUAAGAGCUACAGCUGCUAACCAGAAGUUCGGCAGUUCGAAUCCCCCAGCUGCUGUUAGAAACCCUAUGGGGCAGUUCUAUCCUGUCCUAUAGGGUUGCUGUCAGUUGGAAGCGACUUGAUGACAAUGGGAUUUGAGUUUUUGGUGGUUACACUGGACCCACACGAAUAAUCUCAUUUUAAAGUAAGCUAAUGAGCAACCCUAAUUCCAUGUGCACCCUUAGUUCCCCCUUGCCAUGUAAACAUAACAUAUUCACAGGUUCUGGGAAUAAGGACAUGGAUAUCUGGAGGGGGGUAGCGUUAUUCUACUUACCACAGGAAGCUUCUUCCAACAGCUAGGCCCAGCUCUUAUAGUGGGUGGAGGGAAAGCCUCCCUUCUGAGAGCUGUGAGAUAGGGAAUGUUUGGGAGAUUCCAACUCAAUCCCUGGCCAAGUCCAAAGCCCACCCCUAGUAGCAGCCCUCACUAGACCAUUGGUCCAAGAUUGACUUGGGAGAGUAGCUCAGUCAGAAACAAAGAAAUGCGAUAUCAGCAGGGUGAGUGUAGAAGGCCUUCCAAAGGGUAGCUGGGCUUUGAGGGAUGCUGAGAACCCAGAAGAGCCUGGGGGUGGGGGUGCUGGUAAUGCUGCUUGAAUCAGCAGGGGAAGGGGAGGAGGAGGGAAAGUGUGAAGGCCUCACAGCCCAGCAGCCAGGGGAGGGUAUCAGUUUUAGUCAUUCAGCAGCUACCACCCACUUCACUGGGGAAAAGUAAGAUGUGACCUGCAGCCAGAGGGGACUGGAGCUUGGGUGGGGGACACUUACCGAGACUUACCUGAUGUUGAUGGUGCAAUCUUUUUGGCUUCGCCAGAGUGGCUUCUAGACUUUGGCAUUAGUUGGACUGGCAUAAAAAUGGCAUGGGGGCAGUGUCUGACCAUCACCAACUUCACAAGGGGCAAGGAGAAUCAAGAUCCACAGCCCAAGGCAGAGGUCAAACACUCCUCCUCUCUCCGCCAUCUUUACCAAUUGUGACAGCAACAGUUCCUCCCAUGGCACUCCCUACUUCUCUGUUGGGUUUGAUAAUUCAUUGCAAUGGCCACAUAGAACUCACAGACAAUACUAACAAUGAUGGGGUUUAUUAGGGAAGUAAUAGGUUACAAUUCAGGUUCAGGAACACUCAGGAUACAGUUCUUCCAUCAGGACAGCAUCUUCUCAGCUGUGCUCACAGGCACGCCUCUCUUGCCCUUAGCCUCUGCCCUCCUCCAGCAAGUGUUAUAAAGCUCUUUUAGCUCUGCCGAUAAGUGCCCAGAGGCACCCCACUCCGCCAGCAAGCCUCUUGCCCAAAGACACUCAGCUUUCUCACUCCAUGGGCUGGGAAGCCCACCACACAAUCUCCUGCUGUUGCUUCUCUGCCACUGCUUCUCAAGAGAUCUCUCUGUCUCCUGGUUCCAGGAGCUUCUCAGCACAGGAAUCCCAAGUCCAAAGGCCACACUCUCGGCAGCUGGCUGUUCUUUGGUGGUAGUGGAAUCCUCUCUUUGGUCUGAAACUGGCUCUCUUUUAAGCUUAGCAGGAUGACAAAGCGGACCAAUCCCUUUGGUGGGCCACAAUUACCCUAUCUGCACAGUCCCGCCCAAUGAUUGUGUGUGAGUCACAAAGACCAUGGCUAGAAGGGUCACAUUAAGUAAUUCAUUGCACUGCAACUGGGUUCAAAUCCCACUGUGCCACUUACAGGCUGUGUGAUCCAAGGAAAGUGGCCUAACCUCUCUCAGCCUCUGGCCCUUAUCUAUUAAAUGAGAAUGAUAUCACCAUUUACUUUGCAUGGCUAUUAAGAAUCAGCAGACUUCAUGUAACAUUCUAGAGGGGGAAGACUGUGAAAAAGUCUGAAAGAAGCCUCAGCAUGGACUGGCAAUAAGUCUCAUAUUGUUGCACAAGUCUGAGACAGACAUAGGGUUGAAUUUUGCCCUUGCCAUAACUAGCUGUGUGAGUUUAGGCAAGUUACUUAACCUAUAUGAGCUCUAGUCAUUGAAUAUACCUAUUGUGUACCUAGGAGCCCUGGUGGUGCAAUGCUUAAGUAUUCAGCUGCUAACCGAAAGAUCAGCAGUUCAAACCCACUAGCUGCUCAUAGGAGAAAAGACCUACAGAAAAGAUUACAGCCUAGGAAACCCAAUGGGACAGUUAUACUCUGUCCUGUUGGGUCACUAUGAGUCAGAAUCGACUCAACCACACAAAACAACAUUGUGUAGCAACUCUGAGGCAAGCAGCUUCCUGCUAUGGAAACUGGGGAUAAUAUUAGUACUUUCUUCCUAGGGUUGAUGUGAAAUUGAAGUUAGAUGCUCAUAACCAACCUGAUUCGGUGCCUGGUGUGUAAGGGCUUCACUCAAAUGGUAGGGUAACCCAACCCAUCUGGAGGGGCUGGGAGGUUGGGGUGUGGAUUGGAAAGAGUUGGGAAGUGUAUGUUGUGGGGGGGAGGAGGGCACAGACCUCAGCCUUUAGGUUGGGGCUGGUGUGACGGUAGGUUCACCCAGGUGUAGACACAGGCUGGUUGGCCCCUGGCCAGCUCAAGGUGUUUGCCUUUGCCUGGUAACAGGGAGGUGUGGCUGAGGUAGGGCAUGGAGGGGGACAGCUCAACAAAAAAGUGGCAGAGAGGAGCCCCGCUCGGGACCCUUAUGGCUGGGGACCAGUUCCCCAGGCUGAAGGAGACAUGUAAGUGGGGAGCUACCUGGGAAGAACAUGUCAGGGGUGAGGGCUUGAAAAGGCCUUGAGACUUUAUUACCUGCUGGGAGCAUGCGGUUCAGGCCCAGCCUGGGACAAAAGGUGAGGCAGGGAACUUAGCACUGAUUUAGGAAGAGUUCCCAAAAGCCAUGUGGUCUUUAUGGGCCUCUGCCAUGAACCAGAGGCCUGAGUUACCAGGCUGCAGAGACGGGUACUGACGGUGGUGGUGGUGGUGGUAAGAACAAAGUCUGUGCCCGCUCUCACAGCUCUAGACCAGGACCAGACCAGACCCAGACCCAGUGCCGUCGAGUCGAUUCCGACUCAUAGGGACCAGGCUCCAGCAAAAGACGCCCUCCGCCUGAAGUUCAGACCAUGUACUCAUACAGCUGCCUGCUGCCCGGAGAGGGCCUCUGGCCUCCGCUGCAGCCCCUCAUCUACACCUGCCUGCCCGCCCCUCUGCUGCUGCCCCCCAUCCAGACCCACAACUUCUACAGCGGGACCCCGAGCCUGAGCGCGGUUGAGUGGGCGGCCCCAGGGGAGUACCACUUCUACUACGGCCCAAGCGAGCCCCUGCCGGCCGCCCCACCCCUGUGGGCCUUCCCGCAGGCCUACGCAGCGGCCCUGAGCCCGCCCUUCCCCUUGACCAGCUACGGGGGGCCGCUGCUGCAGCACCCCGCGGCGGCCGCGGCGGCGGUGGCUGCAAGCGACAGCUGGACGCCGUGGCCGGAGGACAGCAGCCUGCAGGCCGAGCUGCGCUGGGGCUGCGUCGAGCGCACUCAGGGCCCGCAGCGCCAGCUACCCGACUACUUGCUCCGGGAGCUGCGGCGCGUGUACGGCACGUACCCGCGCACAGACGUGCGCAUCACCUACCGCCGUGGCGAGUUCCUGCUGCAGGCCGCGCCGCGCGUCCGCGAGCCCGAGUACAGCGUCCAGAGGCGCGUGGUGUGUCGGCCCGCCAGCAGCGGCAGCGACUCGGCCACCGACCGCCGCUCGGGCGGCGGGGACAUCAGCCCAGCCCGGGAAGCUGCGGAACGCGGCCGCCGGAGGAAGAGGAAAGGCCUGAGCUGAGGGCGCUGGAGGGCCUGGCGGCCGGCGCGGCUCUCCCCUGCGCCGCCCGCCGCCAGCUGGAGAGGACAGCAGCCUCUCCACCUGUGUGGGGAGCUGAGUGCAACAGUUAUCCGUCUUUUUUGCAUUUUUACCAAGAUCCCGACACUGCCCGCCGCUCUGUCCUGCACUUCAUUGGUUUCUCUCACGUUAUUGCUGGACGAUGAGGGAAGGGCGAGAAGGGAUCAAGGCAUCUCUCCGUGUUCUGUUCCUUUCCUUCCAGACAGGCUUAGGAAGCCUGGGUGUGGGGUGGAGGAAGGGCCCCGAUCCUUUGUUUCCUCAGUCCCUCCUCCUCCCCACCUAGUUCUCCUCCUCCCCACCUAGUUCUCCUCCCCAGAAGCCUGUCCUGCAAUAAACUCCACCUUUCCCUUUCUUCAUCUCUUCCCCCUAGCAGAGCUCCCUGCACCACCCCCUCCACAAGCUCUGGGCCAGUGAUCCCCAACUUGUAAUGAAAAGUAAAUAAAUGAAGUCAAGUGUAUGCUGUGAGAUCAUCUUUAUGCUUGGGCGUUUCCCCAUCUAUGUAAUGGGAGCUUUACCUUCUUGCCUGGGGCUCAGAAGGGUGGCCAGGAAGACAGUUGAAGUUAGAGUGGGCCUCUGAAGACGUGCCCUUGGACCAGCCAGGCCUACCUCCCCUCUUCACCAGCCCUCCUCCAGUGCGAAGGCUGACACCCGUUCUAGCCCUCCUUGAUCCUUCAGCCCACCACUCACAGAGAGAUUCUGAGGGUACAAGCUCUAUUGUUAAGGUGCAGUGGGCUGGCUGGAGAAGGGGUACUUGAGACCUACAUUUAGUGCUGACUCUGACAUUUUCCAGUCAUGGAACUUUAGGUUCUCUGAGCCUCAGUUUCUUCAUCUGUAAAAGGGGCUAUUGCCCGAUUAGGGUUUGUGCCCUGGAGCAGUCAAGUCAAUGAAAUGUACUACAGAGAGUGAGAAAAGUUUAUUUAAGAGGUGUCCACCAACGGACACCUCUACAGCAACACAGACUGUCUCUAUGGAGUCCCAAAAAGCAAUUUUACAUUAGAGGUUAUAUAGGAUUUUUACGAGGGUUAGAAGUAUCUUUGUAGCCACAGAUGGCAUGGCCAGAGGAGUUACUCAUUACAAGAUAAUGACAAGAAACUCUUUAUCAGAGUAAAGAUAUACAUGUCAGACAUCUGGGCUCUAGGGGGAGGGGUUGUAAGUCACAGGAGGUCAGAUAGAACAAAACCAAGUUAUUAGCAUAAGACCAAAAAAAAGAACAAAGUUAUUUGCAUCAGAUCAAAACAAAGUCAUUAAUAAAGGCAUGGAGAAGGCAGCCAGAGGAAGGAGAAAAACUUACAGGUUCAUCUUGGCCUUAAGUUAUUGCAAGUUCUCAGUCACCCAUUUUGAAAAGGAGAAAGGGGAGUAUUAGGGUCACAAGGCAUAAAACCAACCCAGCCUACCUGGAAAAUUCAUGAAGAUUGAAAUUUAUGAGUGAAUGAAUGAAUAUGAAAAAACAGAAAGUCACUACUUGUUUUCUGAUUCUUUAACAGUCUUUAAUUCUUAAUAGGUUAAAGUUUGCAAAAUUCUAGGGGUAGGCCAUACAUCCAGUUUUAACUAUGGGCCAAGCCUAAUCACCAGGUCUGAUGCCUAAGCUACAGAAGCCUGGCCCUGGUGGAAUUGCUUUUACUGAACUUUCCUUUGUAGCUGGCCAACAGAUACCUGUACAGGUGUGUUAUUGAAGCUGUGGACCAUCUGAUUGCACACUGCCAUGUUUAUGAGCUUCGUGGAGAAGUUCUUUCAAACCCAGCAGUUGGGAAAGCUGUUUCUCCUAACAAGUGGUUUGCUUUUAUCUUUUAAGCACCAAGGAUCUCUUGUUUCCUCAUUCCAUGGAGCUUAGCCAAAUUUGCUUAGCACAUUUUAUGUAAAACCUGGAUCCUGAACUCUGCUACCCCUAGUUUCAUCUUAUUUUCCUGACUUUUUUUUUUCAUUAUAAAAAUACUGGAAUGUGGUGUGGUAUGGUAUGCUGUGAUGGGUCUGCUGUGAAUUAUUUAACAUUCCUCAGCUAAUUUCCUCAUCUGCAAAUGGGGAUGAUGAUAUUAGGACCUAUUUCACAAGGUUAUUGAGAAGAUGCCAUGAAGUCCUGCUCA